AUGAGCGAGCACGAGGGGUAUAAGCAGCCCCUUGGGGAGAAGCAGCCCCUUGGGGAGAAGCAGCCCCUUGGGGAGAAGCAGCCCCUUGGGGAGAAGCAGCCCCUUGGGGAGAAGCAGCCCCUUGGGGAGAAGCAGUCCCUAGGGGAGAAGCAGCCCUUAGGGAAGAAGCAGCCCCUUGUGGAGAAGCCGCUCUCAGGGGAAGGGCCGCAGAAAACGCCCUUCACGCAGCUGAACAUUGAGGAGCCCAUUCUAUUUUCGCUGCUGAUUCAAAGGUACCUCUUCUGCGCGAGCAUACAGGCAAAGGCCAUUCCGCUCAUUGCGAAAAAGGAAAAUGUCCUGCUGCACUCCGAAACGGGCAGCGGAAAAACGCUAUGCUUCGUUAUUCCCAUGCUACAAAAUUUGGUGAAGUCCAAACUGGGGGCCAUAAGAAGGGACCGCCUUUUCACGUCGUCAUGUGGGGAGGCAAAGGAAGGGGAAGAUGAAGAAGAAGAAGACGACUGCUACAACGAAGAUAGAGUCAACCGUAUCUACAACAAAUUUGAAAAUGUAAACAUAGAGAAGGGCAUCCCCCCUGUUGACAUAAAUGUGGCAAAGUUUAUGCAGCACAGCAGGGCCUCUUUGGAGGGAAAAACGCACAAGAAGGGUGGCGCCGUGGGGAAUCAAGCGGGAGUUACCAAAGAUGGUCAGCACCCACCCCGCGGUAACAACGUGCAGUUCGAGCCCAUUAAAGAGGAAGUAAAAAAAGCCAUUCGAUGCACCACAAGUGAGAACAAGAGCAAAAAAAAAAUACAGGUGAACGGAGUGAUUGUGGCCCCCACCAGAGAGUUGAGCAUGCAAAUAUACGACGUAGUAAAUAAAUUUUUGUUUUUCAUAAGAUUAUAUUUUGUUAAAAAAUUUAACAUACAUGUGGACGAAUUGGACAAGGAAGUCUUUUUUGUGAACACACUAUUAUUUAGGGGUGCUGUAAAAAUUGAGGAGGAUUUGAAAAUUAUAAAAAAUGAAAAAAAAAAAAAAAAAAGAUACCAGAUCGUUGUGGCGACCCCGGGGAAGUUGUCAACUUUGCUUGUCGAUCACAACUGCCACUUUGACACGAACGAGUUGGCGUAUUUAAUUCUGGAUGAGGGGGACAAAUUAUUGGAACAGAGCUUUUUAACGUAUGUGCAGGACGUGGUUAGGAGCAUCGUCUCGAAGGACUACGCCACGUGCAUUUGCAGCGCGACGUGUCUGCAGGAGGAGAAGUUUUACAACUUGUUCUCUGACAAGAGGCGAGCCUUCACCAAGUGCGUGGGGGGGGCGCCGCCCGCGUCAGGCUCAAGCGGGAUGGGCGAUGUUGUUGCUGCUUCCGCUGGUGCUGGUGCUGCUGCUUCUGCUGCUGAUGCCGCUACUACUGCCGCUACCCCCGCGGGGAGCUCCUUCCAAAUGCCAGAGCAAAUCGAAAACUACUACAUCACGGUGCGCAACCUGGACAAAAGCUUCUUCCUGUUCAAAUUCCUGAGCACAGUGGUGCGCGAGGGGGAGGCAGUGAUUGUGUUCUUGCCGACCUGCUUCUGCGUGGAUUUCUUCUUCCACCUAUUCAAGAACGUACUUAACGUGGAGAAGAGGAGUGCGAAGGAAAUUUUUAACCAAGUCGUCACCCUCAACGAGAGGCAUAGAAAUGCAUUCAGCCAAUCUGACCUGUCGCUCUUCUGCAAAAUGAUUUGUUACACGCACAAAUAUAUGGGGAAGAAAAAAUUCACUCUUUUAAAAAUCCACAGGAAAAUGAAAGACAAAAAAAGGAUAAGUGCUUAUAAGAAGAUAAAAGAAAACAAGAAUAAGAGGAGAAUAAAAAUUAUUUUUUGCACAGAUAUUAUGAGCAGAGGAAUUAACGUGGACAUUCAUUGGGUCAUCAACUACGACGUUGCCAAUAAGAAUAUGACUUACAUCCAUAGGAGUGGCAGAACAGGCAGAUUUGACAAAAGGGGGAAAAAUGUCAUUCUGCUUAAUAAGAAGGAAAAGGAAUAUAUAUACUUUUUAAAAAAUAAAAAAGUGAACAUCAGCAAUUUUAGGAAGACGUCCAUGUUCAGGGAUAUGCUCAGUUGGGAGUCCCGCCUUAUGCGAAGUGAAGACGCGUUGGAUGCGCAAGUGAGGGAGGUAGCCAAUUUGGAGAAGGGGCAGAUGGGGAAGUUCGGCCCAGAGAAAACCUUAUCGUUUUAUGGAAAAGUGCGCGGGGAACGCAUUAAAGGGAGGGAGGCAAAGGGGAUCCCCCCCAAAGGAGAUUCAUCCGGGGGACCUCCCCACAAAGGAGACACAGCCGAGGGACCCCCCCCCAAGAGGGACGAUCACAUCCUUUUGCUGAACAACAUGGUGAACCUCUUUCUAAAGUACAUAAUUUUUUUCACCAUCGAGAACAGAGAAACGUAUCUGCUCUCGACAAAGGCGUUUCUGUCGUACAUUGAGUUUUACAAAAACCACCAGCUGAGUUUUCUCUUCCCCUUCCACAAGCUCAACCUGUCGCACCUGUGCCACUCCUUUGCGCUGGUGAAAAUCCCCAAAUUUAAGGAGAAGAGCCAAAUUAAGAAUUUCAAACGGGUGGGCCUGAACACGUCCGACAUACCCUACAGAAAUGAGGAGAAGGAAAGAAAGCGGCAGGAGGAACUGACACGCUUAAGAAGCGAGAAACGCGCGGCCAAUGAAAAGGCGGAAGGUGAGAAAAACGCGGAGGGAGACAAACCUCACAAACGGAAGCAGGAAAAAAAACAGAAAAAAAGAAAAACCAUUGUUCAGAGAAAACACGAACAAAGGGACAUGGAGGAAAACGAAAUUGAGUCCCUAUUUUUUGAAGAAAAUUUGUACAAAAAAUUAAAAAAAAAAAAAAUUUCCAAAGAUGAGUACGACAGAUUGCUGAACAUGGAAAAUCUGGACAAAAUAUUUUCCACCUCGCCCAGCGCGGGGAAGAACCAGGCCGUCGCCCCCCGGAAAAAUCAGGCAGCUGCGUCAAACAGGAGGAAGAGCAAGAAGAAGAGAAAGGUGUACAACUUGAAGGUGAAGAAGAGGCGGAAGGGGGGCGGCAAACGGAGGUAA